AUGCGGGGCGCUCCAAUCGUUCUGCUCUACGCCGCGACCUUGGCGUCCGGCAUGGUCAUUACUCCCAGACAUGCUGGUGAGGCUCACAUUGCUGUCCGCGGCGGUGGUGAGGACCACGACGGCGGUGGUCCUUGGUGGGGUGGUGACCACGGAGAUCACGGCGAUGGUGGCCAUGGCGGUGGUGGCCCCCCAGAAGAGACCACUCCCUGCGAGACUGAGACUCCUCCGCCUGUCGAGACUCCCCCGCCUGUUGAGACCUCCACUCCGUGCGAGACGGACACCCCUACUGCUCCCCCGGUUGUGACGCCUACUACUCCCCCCGCCUUUGUGACACCUACUACUCCCCCGCCUGUUGAGAGCUCUACGCCGUGCGAGACCGACACACCUACUGUUCCCCCAGUUGUGACGUCUACUACGCCCCCGGUUGUGAUACCAACCUCGACUCCUUGCGAGACCGACACUCCCACUUCUCCUCCUCCUGCGAGCUCGACUCCAUGCGAGACCGACACUCCCACUUCUCCUCCUCCUGCGAGCUCGACUCCAUGCGAGACCGACACUCCCACUUCUCCUCCUCCUGCGAGCUCGACUCCAUGCGAGACCGACACUCCCACUUCUCCUCCUCCUGCAAGCUCAACUCCAUGCGAGACUGAUACUCCCACUUCGCCUCCUCCUGCGAGCUCGACUCCCUGCGAGACAGACACUCCCACUUCUCCUCCUCCUGCGAGCUCGACUCCAUGCGAGACUGAUACUCCCACUUCGCCUCCUCCUGCGAGCUCGACUCCCUGCGAGACAGACACUCCCACUUCUCCUCCUCCUGCGAGCUCAACUCCAUGCGAGACUGAUACUCCCACUUCGCCUCCUCCUGCGAGCUCAACUCCAUGCGAGACUGAUACUCCCACUUCGCCUCCUCCUGCGAGCUCGACUCCCUGCGAGACCGAUACUCCCACUUCGCCUCCUCCUGCUAGCACUACGCCUAGCAAGACCGAAACCCCUCCUCCCGCUUCCACCACUCCUUGCGAGACUGAGACCCCUACUGGCACUCCUCCUCCGGUUAUCGUGACCACCACCUACACCACUACCACCUGCCCAGUGACCUACAGCACCGUUACAAGCGGCACAUCAACCUUCACUCACCCCGUGACCCAGACAAGCACGAUCACCGUGACGUCUGUCUCCACCUGCACUGAAGGUUGCACUCAGCCCACAACCACUCCCACCAAGCCCACGAUUCCCCCUGUUGUUUCCACAACCUCUGUCGUGGUGCCUCCUCCCGCUACUGAGUCUAGUGUUCCAGCUACCGAGACCAGUGUCCCAGCUACUGAGCCUACUGCACCGGCACAGUCGAGCCCCGUCACUUCUUCCACCUCCGCCCCCCCUGCUUCCUCCUCGCCUGCUUUUAACAGUGCUACAGCUCUCCAGAAGUCUGCUGCGGCCUUCAUUCCUGGCCUGGCUCUUCUGUUUGCCCUGCUCUAA